CUCGAUUUUUUUCUAGCCCGAUUUGAGCGCGUUGGCGAAGAUCAGAAAAAGUCGAGCCAAAUUGAAAAAGCAUAUCAACCACUAUAUAGCUUAAACCCAUAAUAACUAUAAGUUCGAUAUGUCUCUUCAAUUGUUAAAUCCGAAGGCCGAGUCUAUCAGACGUUCGCAAGCGUUGCAAGUCAACAUUGCUGCAGCUCAAGGAUUACAACAAGUUUUAGCUUCGAAUUUAGGCCCAAAGGGUACUUUAAAAUUAUUAGUUGAUGGAUCAGGAGGAUUAAAAUUAACAAAAGAUGGGAAAGUUUUAUUAACUGAAAUGCAAAUUCAACAUCCAACUGCAGUUAUGAUUGCUAGAGCUGCUACUGCUCAAGAUGAAAUUACUGGAGAUGGUACUACAACAGUCAUUUUAUUAGUUGGAGAAUUAUUAAAACAAGCAGAAAGAUUUAUAAGUGAAGGAGUUCAUCCAAGAGUUAUUGUUGAUGGAUUUGAACUUGCUAGAGAAAAUUCAUUAAAAUAUUUAGAUAUAUUUAAACAAAUACCGGAAAGUUUUGAUCGAGAAUUUUUAAUGCAAAUUGCUAGAAGUUCAUUAUCAACUAAAGUUAAUCAAGAAUUAAGUGAUGUAUUAACUCCAAUUGUUACUGAUGCAGUUUUAACAGUUAAAGAAAGUGAUUCAAGAAAUAUUGAUUUACAUAUGAUUGAAAUAAUGACCAUGCAGCAUGGCCAUUCUAAAGAAACAGAAUUAAUUAAAGGAUUAGUAUUAGAUCAUGGAGCAAGACAUCCAGAUAUGCCAAAAAGAAUUGAAAAUGCUUAUGUAUUAAUUUUAAAUGUAUCACUAGAAUAUGAAAAGACAGAAGUUAAUUCUGGAUUCUUUUAUUCAAGUGCAGAACAAAGAGAAAAGUUAGUAGCAUCAGAAAGAAGGUUUGUUGAUGAAAAAUUAAAGAAAAUUAUAGAAUUAAAGAAUGAAGUUUGUGAACUUAAUUCCAAUAAAGGAUUUGUAAUUAUUAAUCAAAAGGGUAUUGAUCCAAUGUCUUUAGAUGUAUUAGCUAAAAAUGGUAUUCUUGCCUUAAGAAGAGCUAAAAGAAGAAAUAUGGAAAGAUUACAAUUAAUUUGUGGAGGUGAAGCUCAAAAUUCUGUUGAUGAUUUAAGUCCAGAAAUAUUAGGUUAUUCCGGAUUAGUUUAUGAAAACACUAUAGGUGAAGAUAAAUUCACUUAUGUGACGGAAAAUAAAGAACCAAAAUCAGCUACUAUUUUAAUUAAAGGAUCAAAUAAUCAUGUAUUACAACAAACUAAAGAUGCAAUUAGAGAUGGUUUAAGAUCAGUCUCAAAUGUAUUAAAAGAUCAAGCCAUAUUACCAGGAGCUGGAGCAUUUUGGUUAAGUUGUCAUAAUAGUUUAUUAACUAAUAAAGAAAUAUUAAAGGGAAGAAAUAAAUCUGGAGUUAAAGCAUUUGCUGAAGCUUUAUUAAUAAUUCCAAAGACUUUAUCAUCUAAUGCUGGUUUAGAUCCCUUAGAAACUAUUUCUAAUUGUCAAGAUGAAAUUCUUGAUAAUCAUAUUGUAGGAGUUGAUUUAAAAUCGGGUGAACCAAUGGAUCCAACAGUUGAUGGAAUUUGGGAUUCUUAUAGAGUAUUUAGAAAUGCUAUUUCUGCUGCUACAGGUAUUGCGUCUAAUUUAUUAUUAUGUGAUGAAUUAUUAAAAGCAGGACGUUCAUCCUUAAAAGAUGGAGGAGCUGGAGGUCCAGGUCCAGGGGGACCUCCAGGGGCACCACCAAUGGGAAUGCCACCUAUGAUGUAAAUAACUUAAUGUAUAUACCCCAUAGACUCAGUAAUUAACACCUCAGUAAGUAAACAAGUAAUUUAAUGCGCCCAAUUCCAAUUCCAAUUCGUGUCGCGAACCAACAAAAGA